AUGGCGUGCAAAGAUCGACAUUGGUGGGAUUAUGACUGUUUGAGAACGUUUGUUUUAGCGGCAAUGAAAGAUGCCAGUGUGAUGCCGCCGAAAUGCGAGGGCUUCGACAUCCCAGAGGAUUCCUUUCUCUUCCUGCUGACCGCCGACGAGCGCCGCGAGUACCACACCAAGCAUGCAGAGUUCAUCGACAAGGAUCCUGUUUUCUGCACGAAAACUUCGUGCUCGCUUUACCUUGGCACGCGAAGAAAACGAAAAACUGCAAUCACUUGUCUGACAUGCAAUGAGCGGACGUGCGGUGCAUGUAAGGCUGCCUGGCACGGCAGGGACGCAGGGUGCACCGCGCCGGCGGACAACGAUGUCAUCUCAAAGCUUAGAAAAGGCGGCAUCCAACGGUGUCCAGAAUGUCGAAGAAUGGUCGAAAGAGCGGCAGGGUGCAACAAGAUCUGGUGCAUCUGCAGGGCGCUUUUCUGCUAUGAAUGUGGCGCCAGCUGGAAGACGUGCAAUUGGUGA